AUGGAGGUCGAUUCGAACACAGGACUCGAGGCUCUAGCACCGUGUUAUUACGGGCGAUUAGCUACACUAGAGACCACUGAACCGCGAGUAGUAGUAACAGGCCGAAAGCACAAAGCUGCGCGCUCGUCGAUUCCUAGUCGCAAGCGGCGCUGCGUGCAGCCUUCCUCCGGCGCGCCUCGCUCUAGCGCGGUCCCCUCCGCGGAAUCCCCUUCCGCGAGCGCCGAUCCGCUUGGCGCGGAGCGGCAGUACCGCGGAGUGCGGCAGCGGCGGUGGGGGCGGUGGGUGUCGGAGAUCCGCGAGCCGCGGCGGGGUUUGCGCAUCUGGCUGGGGUCGCACAGCAGCGCGGAGCAGGCGGCGCGAGUGUACGACGUCGCCGUGCGACUGCUGCGAGGCGACGGCGCGAUCUUGAACUUCCCUGACGACCAGCGAGAGGUGCCCCUGCCUCCCGCCAUCGCGGAGUCUCUCAUCCACGCCUGCGCGGCCCUCUCCUCCAAGGACUCGCUGCCUGACGCUGACAGCACGGCACCCCUCCGCCCUCUCCUCUCCUCCGCCCACACACACGUGGCCCCCUCCUCCAGUGACUCGCUGCCACGUGGUACCACUGCUGAGCCCUUCGCUGCUCUCGCUGCCCCUGGCUCGCUGGCGGAGGAGGGAGUGGGCCUCACUGCUGCUGAUGCUUUAAUGGGCACUGCGACGGGCGACAGUGCGGGUAGUGGUGGUGAGGAGGAGCAGAGAGAGGAGGUGGAGGGGGAAUCGGUAGAGGAGAUGGUGGAGGAACAACAGGGGAAGCUGCAACAGCAGGAGCAGGAGGUGUGGGGGGAUGAGUUGGAAACGCUACUGGCAUACGAGCAACAGAUUAGGCAGCAGGUGGCAGAGGAGCAGGCGGAGGGGGAACAGGUGGAGGAAGAGCAGGCGGGGGAAGAGCAGGCAGAGGGGGAGCAGACGGAAGGGGAGCAUGCGGAGGGGGAGCAGGGGGAAGGGGAGCAGGCGGAGGGGGAGCAGGCGAAAGAGGAGCAGGUGGUGGAGGAGCAGGCGGAGGGGGAGCAGCAGGGAGGGGAGCAGGAGUGGCAGGUUGAUUGGUUGCUGGCAUGCGAGCAGCUGCCACUGGACGAGUUCACUGUGUGUGAUUCUGAGCCUGAGGGUGCUCUGGUCGCUCGUGCCCCGCUUGCUGCUCAUACACUGUGUGGCGAUUCGGGCACAACUGUGAGUGAGGCGGUGGUUGGGGUUGGGGAGGAGAGCGGACGAGGAGGGGCAGCGAUGGGAGUGAAAGGGCAUGUUGGAGCCGCCCCCCUUCCCAUGCAACCCAGCCAGCCAAACAACUGCACCGCCACCACCACCACCACCAGCAGCAGCACCAGCACCAGCACUGCUACCAGCACCAGCACUGCUACCAGCACCAGCACCACCACCACCACUACCAGCAGCAUGGACAUGACGAGCAGCGGCGGCCACAGCGACAGUGACUGGCUGUCGUCCCUGCCGCCACACUCUCCCUCAUCCUCCCUCCCCUCGCCUGCCCUCACCAACACCUCCCCGCCCCCUCUCACUUUCUCCCCCCCUCACACUCCCUCACCUGCCCUCGCUACCCCUCUCCCUCUCACUCUCUCGCAUCCUCCCAGUGCAUCACCACCAUCCUCCCCGUCCUCCUCUCCGUGCUCCUCCCCCUCCUCCCUCUCCUCUCCCACUUCCACACUGCCUCCCCCAUGCGUAUCCUUGCACACGCCACCACCACCCACACAGCAUCUGGGGCACUUACAGACCACCUUUCUGCCCUCCCCCCGACCGCCCUCGCCCCCCCCUCUCUCCCAUCCAAUCACCAACUCUCAUCAACCACAACAACAGCAAGCCAAACAGUACCACGAACAGCAGCAGCAUCUACAGCGGCGAGAUGACCCCAACGCUGACAGUGCAAGCCAUGGCGCAUCUCAUCUCGCCUCUCCCCUUCCUCCACCUCCCCCUCCCCCCUCUUAA